GCCCACCCCGGGACACGUCCAUGGAUCACAGGCCGUUCAGAGAGAGGCGCAGUCUGGCUGUGAGGAAAUCUGAAGCGGAGAAUAUUCGCAGCAAGUUCCCCAACAAACUGCCGGUAAUAGUGGAACGUUACCCUAAGGAGCGCUCCCUGCCCCACCUGGACAGAUCCAAGUACCUGGUGCCCCUGGAGUUGAGCAUGUGUCAGUUUACCAUCAUCAUCAGGAAUCGAAUGGCACUCUCUUCAAGGCAAGCCUUCUACCUGAUGGUGAAUAACCAGAAUGUGGUAAGCACCUCUCUGACCAUGGCAGAGAUCUAUGCAGAGUUCAAAGAGGAGGACGGUUUUCUCUACGUGACCUAUGCCUCCCAGGAGAUGUUUGGCUGCCAGGGGCCUGAACUCUGGAGGACGUGUACUUCUAGCUGA